AUGUCUGCCAGCGUCUACGACCCACUUGGUCCUGAGCGUGCAGAGCAGCGCUACUGGCAAUCAGUGGCCAAAGAGGUGGAUGAUUUGGAAUCAUGCUUGUUCCAACUGGAUGAGCAGUUGGCCGUUCUAGAGCAGGAAUGUGGCACCCCAAGACCCCGAAAGAAGCGCUUGGCACCCGUGCAUCGGCGAAACCACUCGAAAGAGGCAUUGCAAGGCUUGGCUCAGAGCACGGCUCAAGCCGCGACGGGGGCCGUGGUCCAAUCGCGGUCGCAACGGCAGCUGAGAUUGCAGCUGAAAGCGUUGAGGCGGCAGCGACUGGAGCCUGCAGGCAAGCGCUCCCUGAAGAUGUUGCAUGUCUCGCCCCGCUAUGGAAAGAUCAAUGCUAAGGUUUUAGGUAUCCAACGCGCCAGGAAUAUGAAACAGAAGAUCGCAGAAGGGCGAUAUUUUCACACCAUGGGUAUGUUCAAACAAGACAAGUACCGAAAAGCCAUGCAAACACCGCCUGAAACGAGGGGAUCGGACGAGGCCCUGCAACGGUGGACUCUUGUUGCCUGGGAUCGGCGUCGAGGGCCUCCGGGGGGACAAGCUGCGACCUACCAAGGGCCAGAUGGUGAGCUUCCGGUUUUGCGUAUGAGCUUGUGGUGCACGGAGCGCUCGGCCGAAGGUCUUUUCAGUUGGUGCUGGUGGUUUGGUCAGCGAGGUCAAGUUGGACAAGAGGAUGCAUGGGUGGCAGAGACGCCAUAUCCCGUCUUCAUCCCAAGCAAGGGUCGCGCCAAGGAAGCACAUUUGAAUUGGAGGGCAGUGCAUUGCUUUGGUGAUGAGGCGUUUGACGCAGAAACUCCUGCUGAAGCAGACAGCCCAGGUGCUUUGGUUGUGGUGGUUGUGGAACCAGCUGAAGCUCAAGCAUAUCGUGAUGCAUGGCCUGAUAUGCCUCUGAUAGUUCUGCCUGAAAGCGAGAUGGGCCCAGCCUUUGCACGUUGGUCAGUUCAAAAGCUUUGCACCUCCUUCCGGGCAGAGAUCGAAGGAGGUUAUGGCCCCUUGCAGCACAUGCAGUAUUGCUGGCUGAUUGACGACAGCAUUACCAGUUUCUACAGUUUGGAGAAGCUCUCGGAGAAAGCGUUGGAGGAGGAGCAACAGAGAAUCCAGAGUCAACUCCAGCAAGUUGGUGCCAUCGUUGCUACGACGCCUCUGAGGCGGCCCUUGGGACGCCGCACCGAGCGCUGUGGAGAAGGUGCCAUGUUUGCCAAGGCCCUGUUGGCCGUGCAAAAGGUGGAAUAUGUGCCUCAGCUUCGGCUCUUUGAAGAUGUUUGCCUCAAUGUUCAAGCGCGAAAUUCCGGCGCUCACAUCCUGAAGUGCAUGACCUACUGCUACCGCGCCGACAACAAACGAUUCGGCGGCUGUGCUGCUGAGCGUGCAGCAAACACAGCAAGUUCCUUCUGCACUUCUUUGGAAGACCUGAUUUCAGCCGAAGCCUUUCUAGCUUUGUCUCCAGCUGCCAAGGCAGCAGUUCAACAUGUCUACAAUUGGGUUCACCGAGAUGAGGAUCGAUCUCGAGCGCGGCUUGAAGAGCUUGGCCUACCAGCUCCCCUGGCUGCCGAUGUAUCAAAUCUGCCGCUGGAGGAUGUAGACCAAGUUUACCCGGAAGAGGUGGCUCGUAUUGAGGAUGCUUCGGAGCCAGUCGAGUUCAAUUGGACCUUUCACGAAAGAGACAGCGAUGUCGAGCACUACCGGAAGGUAGCUAGCGAACUGCGAGAAAUGCAUCUCCAUGCUGUUUUGAAGGUGUCAGGUGUUGCGACUCAUGAAUGGCGCUUGCGCAGCCCAGGACAGUGGUGGCCGCAGUUGUGGGCGAAGUAUGGCGAGCUCCAAAAGGUUGGCGUUCUAGGCGGCCUCUUGUGGCAGCUUGCACCUUCGCACAGAUGCACACGGCAAACCCUCUCCGAAUUGGAAGAGUUAGCAAAAUCUUUGCCCCAGAAUGUUUUGCAUGUCUUCGAGUUCCGACACAGCUCCUGGUAUGGUCAAUACCGUGAGGAAGUCGUUGCCCUGCUGCGCAGGUGGGGCUUGUGCAUGGCAUGGAUUCAUAUCAAGAAUUCAGACGGCUGGUGCGGGGACCUCGAAGAUGGGUGGCCUAGCCUAGCCCGUACCUGCAAUACAGCGUACUUGCGUCUCUUUGGAACCAAGCAGAAAGCCAUCGGUCGAUACGGGGAGGAAGUGAUCCGUGAAAGCAUCCUGCCGAUGGUUCAGGGUGCAGGAGCCCCAAAGGAUUCCAUCGUGGUCUUUGCCCAAGCGGAUGUUCCAAACCAUGCGAAAGCAGAUGCAUCUUUCAUGACUGAAUUGCUUGGCCGUGGAGAUCAUCAGCCUGGGAGAAGUACCAAGUGGGAGAGAGAUGUGCUCGUUGCCACGUUGGGUCUGGGCAUUGGGAACCACGUGAGCGGAAAAGUCCAACGCAUUACACAUCGCACGGUGUUCAUCGACAUCGGCCGCUCCUGCAGAGCAUUUCUGGAUGCGAACCACGCACGCCGUGCUGGGCUUCUUGAGAGCUUAAAGAUAGGCACCCAGAUCGACAACUUGGAAGUUCAGCAUUUGGACUUUCAAGGGGAGUGGGGUAUAGUUGGCCUUUCUUGCCACAAAGCGUCCGUGAGUCUUGGGGCUGAAGAAGAUCAUUCUUCAGCUGUAGAUGCUGAGCAACCAACGCAGGCAGUACCUGCACCUCACAGCCGUUGGCUUCGGCAAAGCACUGAGAGUUCUGAGGAGACUCCGGCGGCCCAGGCGGUGGCGGCCCUGGAGGAACGGCAGGGCGACCGACCGCCGCUGCGGCGGCCGCGCUGGGCCAAUCGCUGCUUCGAGGGAUUGGCCGAAAUUGGAAGGGCAUCUGGCAGUCGCCAUGUGAAGCCUGUAGACCCUGAGCAAGAGGAAGAGCGGCUCCGCGCCAAACGCAUGGCCACCAAAGCUCGCCGGGAUGAACGUGUUGGCCGCUGGGCACGCGCGCUGGUGGAGAAAGCAAUCGCUCCACGCCCGCCCAGCAAGCGAAGCCGCAGUGAGGGCCCAGCCCCACGCACACGGAAAGAGGAAGUGAUGAUCCGGGAAGAGCUGAAGAAGGAAGAGGCUGCAGCAUUGGGCCGGGCAGAGAAGCGAAAGGGUGAACAGCACCCCAGGCGUGCAAGCCAAGAGGCCCAAGAGGACUGGUCACAAGACCAGUGGGCGCAAGCACAAGUGUUGCCUGGCGAACCUGGUGAUGGGCCGAUUGCAUGUAGCGUAGAUGAGUUUUUGCUGAUGCAAAUCGAGCGUCGUGAGGGUGAAGAGGCUGGAUACGAUGCAAAGAACUCGGAGACUUUUGGCCCUGACGACGAUGUACCAGGCUGGAGCACAGGGCCGGUGGUCAAAGUUCAAGAGCGCGUUGUCGAGCGGCGUAUGUGGAGGCCUGGGCUGCAUGACGAUAAGCUCAAUCGCAACUUGAUCACGGACACUAAGGCACAUGAAGUCUCCCAGUGCUUUGACAACUCUGACUCUCUUCAAAAUUCUGAAGAGAAGAGAGAAGCUGAAGUGAUAGACCCACAUGAGACAGAAUCAGAUGCGCCUGAAGAAGACUGGCAUAUUUGUAUGUCCACGAACCAAAACGUGGAAGAUUUCUGGGAGGAAGAGAUGGAGAAGGCUUCAGAUGAUUCAGAAGCUGAGGAGAUUUCAAAACAGACCCCAGACCAGAUAGAGGACAAGACCACGCAGGCCAAACCCUGGAAUUGGGUGCCACGCUUACGUGUGGGCUCUUGGGCAGAUGCCUCAGAAGGAGCAGAUGAGCCGAAGCAGGCAGAAGAGGCCGCAGAGUCACUGGAUGUGAUGCCAGAAAACCCGGAAAAGGUGGCACCAGAUUCAGAGGUUGAGGAAGUCAUUCACACUGGCCCCGUUGACGCAGAGCCACUGCUGAAUCAAGCUGACCACGCAGCUGAAGAUCCUCAACCAAAGAGAGAUAAGAGAGCAGCGGAACAUGAUAAGAAGAUAAGGAGCCAGUUCAAUGCGGCGCAGAAUGAAAAGAAUGCCAAGAAUAAAGUGGGCCAAGUGCGUAUGGAUGAUGACGCUGAAGAAGCCCCUGCGCAUCAACGACGUGCAUGGCGAGGCCGAGCCCACCCAGAGCAGUGCAUUCCUGAGGAACCUAAGGCGGGUUGCAUGGGAGCAGUGAUGAUGAGAUCGUCCUUGCUGAGCAGCUAG